CAUCCGGGGCUGGUUUUAUUCUAAUAACGAACGUUCAACCCGGAAAGACGAACAAGAACAGGACUUUUGUGUUAUCCGAUCACACGAAUAAAUAGGCAAGGCGGGCAGGGUCUUCUGGUGCGUGCUGGACUUCAAAAAAGUUGUUUCUGAAACUGGUUGGCUUCCGCCAUGUUGGUCAACUGCUGUCACAAGUGUUCUUCCUAGCGGUCCUGGAAACUGGUUGUGUUGGGACAAGACUCUGCGAAGCGGUGAUAUGUGAUAGCAGCACCAUGCCGUACGUCGAUCGUCUGAACCGCGUGUGUGGCUUCCUGGAUAUCGAAGAGAAAGAAAACAGUUGCCGCUUCCAGAGGCGUUACUUCAUCCUGGACACUCAGGGGAAUGCUUUGCUGUGGUACAUGGACAACCCUCAGAACCUGCCCAGUGGAGCAAGCUUUGUUGGCAGCCUGAGACUAACAUAUAUCUCCAAGGUAAAUGAAACUACAGGGAAGCAGAAGCCAAAGACAGAGUUCUGCUUUGUCAUCAAUGCAGUAUCCCGAAGGUACUUCCUCCAAGCCAAUGACGUGACAGAUAUGAGGGACUGGGUCACUGCUCUCAACCAAGCCAGCAAGAUUACGGUUCCUAAAUCUGGUCCUGCACCUCCAAGAUCUGAUGUGGCCACUGUUACGAGUGACUCUUACGGAGGGGGGAAACAGCAAGCAUAUAAGACGGAGAUCCACGGAGGCGUGGUGGUGCACACGCCCAUCCUGGUAAGCGCACGCCCCCAAAACUACAACUCGUGCUGUCGUGAUCAUGCACAAGGCGAACUUGCUCUGUCCAAAAACAUGUAUGCGGACGAUGUUUUGAUGACACUUGGUUGUGAUAAUAAAGCGAUCAUCAUGUUGCAGAACGAGAGCGUCAAGCCUAAUGUGCUGAGGUUCGGUUACUGUGUCAAACAAGGCAAUGUUAGAAAAAGCUGGAAGAGGCGCUUUUUUACCCUCGAUAACAACGCGGUCAGUUACUACAAGUCUGAGAUGGACAAAGAACCUCUGCGAGCCAUUCCCCUCCGGGACAUUCAGAAAGUUCACGAAUGCCUCGUCAAAUCAGGUGACCUCCUGCAGCGCGACAAUCUAUUUGAGAUCAUCACCGGAUCCCGAACCUUCUACAUACAGACAGACUCUCCAGAGGAUAUGCACGGCUGGAUCAGGGACAUAGAGAUGAAGAUUCAGGAUUUCAGAGGCCCUGCCAAGGGAUUUUCGUUUAAAAGAGCUUCAUCUCUCUAUCGGAGUCACAAUCCUUCCGCAAGUCGAAGUCACCGAGUCGCCGAGCAGCGGCCAACUCUCGUCAAGUCGUGCUCCGUGGCGCCGGGCUGGCAGCCGUGGACACCUAUCCCUCCUAAUGAAGCCUCCAUCUUGGAUGCGGAGGACAAUGACAGCGCUUUUAGCACCGUACCCACAUUGGCCUCACUCUCCUCCUCCCCCAACUCUUCCUCCACGUCCUCCUCCUCCAACUCUCUCUCAACUCUAGCCCCAUGCCCCAGCAUGCCCAGUAGUGGAAUGGGCAUCCUCACGGCUUCCGGAGAUGUGGCGUUCGGCCGCCGGAGGCAUCGUUCGCAUCCUCAGUCUCACACAGGGUGCGUGUUCCCCUUUAACCUGGAUGAUGACAGCAUCCGCACCACUGAUGUUUAGGUUCCGUGGUUCUAUGUGGUUCUUGUUACAUGCUUUGACAUGUAUGUGUCUGGUUGUUGUUGUAUUCCUUACUAACAAGGUGAGCCUGUGUUGAUGACAUGACCAUUGAUGAGGGCCCACAGCUGGUCAUGUCGAUGUGUUACAGAUAAUAUGGGUAGCAAGAGGAACAGUAGUGUUGAAUUGUCAAAGGGCUGUUAAAAAAGGAUUUUUUUUUUCAUGCAGCUUCUGCUAAAAACUUGAAUUAUGAUUGUUCCUGCAGGGCUAGCAAUGAUGGCACAUGUAUUUAACCCUUUGCACUUGUCUUCAAUUUAACGUUCUCGGUACAAAAAAAAAAAUCUAGAGGUUCUCAGGCAUGUGUAUUUUGAUAGUUCAUAUGUCUUCUCUUUUAACAUUCUUUCCACGAGAGACAUGAGGCACAGCAGCCUUCAACAUUCAACAAGCAUUUCCUGGCCACAAACGAGACAAGUGAAAGUGUUCCGUCAACCUCAAACUCACAACCCUGUAGAUUGAACCAUCAUGUUACACGGGAAGUGGUGAUGCCAUAAUAAAUAAUACAAUCACUCGACAUGGUACUUGAUGAAGAAUGGAAACCUGGUGAGCAGGUUUCGAGGAUUCUAAAUGCGAUUUCCCCCUACGUGCAACAUUAUGGGGAUGUAAACGCUGCCACUUGUAAUUUAUUAGCAAUUUUGCACUUACGUUGUUUGCUACCUUUUUUAUAUGCUUCACCACUUUCACAACUUCCUCACGGAUGUCUCAAAUAGUUUGUGUUGUAACACCUGAGGCUUCUGCUCAUGCCUGAAUGCUUUGUUAACUCGUCAGCCUGCACAUGCUGUUGGUUUCCAUUCUUGAUAAUAAAUUCUUAUUUUAUAUUUGUCUUA